GAGAGGGGGGAAGAACGGAAGAAUUAAGAUCUUUGCAGAACUGAAGUUGAAAAAUUCAGCUCAGCUCUUUAUACACGCAGUACAGCAGACUGCAAUCCGAAAAGCACAGGGAAACAAAAACAGAUAAAUAUCUUAACAGGAAACAUGAACAUUGAAGAAUAUUUCACAAGGAUUAGCUACAAAGGCUCUCUCGGAAAACUGGAUUUUGGAACCUUAGUGGCGAUCUUCCAGCACCACAUACGAGCUGUGCCCUUUGAAAACCUCAGCAUCCACUGCGGGGAGACGAUUACUCUAGACUUAGAUCAUGUUUACAACAAGAUCGUGAAGGAAAAACGAGGGGGUUGGUGCAUGGAGAACAACCAGCUUUUGUCUUGGGUUCUGAAAAAGCUGGGAUAUAACACCACCAUACUGGGAGCUUAUGUUUACAACCCACAGCAAAACACCUAUGCCACUCAAAUGACCCAUCUCAUCAUCAAGGUGGCUAUUGACGAGAGGACCUACAUCGUUGAUGCAGGCUUUGGUGUCUCCUACCAAAUGUGGCAACCGUUGGAGCUGGUGUCCGGCAAAGACCAGCCACAAAUGCCUGGGAUCUUUCGUUUCACAGAAGACAACGGUAUUUGGUACUAUGAGAAAAUCAGAAGGAAGCAAUACAUUCCCAAUCAAAACUUUGCCAACUCAGAUCUCUUGGAAAAAAGGGAGCGUAGGAGUAUCUACCUGUUCAGCCUUGAGCCAAGGACAGUAGAAGAUUUUCGGUUCCAGUGCUCCUAUCUCCAAACGUCCCCAGAUUCUGUGUUUACCAAGAAAUCUAUCUGCAGCCUCCAGACAAAUGAUGGGUUUAGGGCUUUGAUUGGAUGGACACUCGUGGAGACAAAAUUUAACCACACGGAAGGCACAGAUCUGGUGAAGCACACAACACUGAGUGAUGACGAGGUGGAGAAAACACUGAGAGAGAAAUUUGGUAUAACUCUGGAGAACAAGCUUGUUCCUAUUAACAUCAAAGCGACGUAUACCAUCUAGGGUAGAAAACGAAACAUGGCACAAUGCUAUGCAAUUGCAACAAGCUUUGCCAUCUUCUUAAAUCCAUCAUUCUGUAAAUUGCAGUUAUGAUUAAAACCUGUCUGUAAGCUGUAAGCACCCCAUGCUAGGCAGAAGAGGAUAAUUGUAUAUUGUGGUGUUUUCCCCCCCACCAGCACUGACAACCCUGUAGAUGCAAACCAGUGACUGCAAAGUACUUAACAUGUCUUGGAUAAUGAAUUUCGAAACGAUAUAAGGGCUUCAAAAUGGAGGAAUCUGCAUUUCACGUUUUAUUAAGUUACAUGGAUCUGAAUUCAAAGCAGGACUUGCUCCGAUGUGUACCCAGAACUACGGUAAUGUGUGAACGAGGGAUACUCCAUUCAUUUCAGUACAGGAAGCUCGUCUAAAGGAAUGUUUUUAAGCAAAGUGCCUUCCUUUAAUAACAUAAAAUGGGGCAGCCCUACAAAGGAUAUACCGCAUCCAUGAAAAAAUGACUCAUUUGGACUUAUUAACUCUAAGGAAAUGGGAAAUUUAGAAUUCAAAUAUCUUAGCUGCCAACAAGCUAGUUCACAUUAAAAGCUACAUGACCUAAAAUGUUAGCAAUAGACUGAACUCACCCUCUUUUCUCACCCCUAGAGUCUAAUGCUGAUCAUCUUUUAUGGGGCUCUGCACAGGUAUUGUGAAGGGGAAGCUUUAAUUAAAAUACUUCAUAUACUCAUCUCGGAUUUGUGAGGGCACAUACUUUUGAUGAACACAAUGUUUAAUAUAGUGAGCAGGCGGUGAAAAUCCUAUGUGAAGCCUUAAUCUGAAAAAUAUGGAUAUUGAUAUAAUUUUAAUUACACGAACUAAUAUUGACAGAGGCUUUUGCUCCAGUCUCCAUUUAUUUCUGUUCAUAUAUACACUGGUAACACUUGUGAGAGUUAUACUUAAGUCACCAGCGCUAAUGAAGUCUUGGUCUGUGUAGUUCCCCCACCCGCUUUACGCAUUUGCUAUUACAUUGCUUAAAAUUCCUCCAAGCCAAUCAGAAAAUCCUUCCGCUUCAUAUCUCUAUAGACUAUUUUGUAUGUUGCUUACUGCACAGCAAGUUCUUAUUGGAGAAAUGACCAUGUUUUGGGGGAAUCCACCCACCCAUUUGGAAUGUCGGACAUAAAAAAAAAAGCUUCUGCAACAAACAUAAAACUCUACAGAAGACAAAGAGAGAAAUGUGCUUCAAAUGUUUAAUUCUGAUUUUACAACUCCACAGGAUUGAGGAGAACUGCAAAAUGCCUGGAGGAUCAGGCCUGCUUCCACUGUUUAUUCAUUUCCACUAUUUAACUGAAUACAAGUGGGUGAAAGUCCCAGUAAAAUUUUACUUAGCAAGACGGGGAGGACAGUGACAGAUUUUGGAAAGGGAUAAUCGGUAAGAAUAAUUAGAGUCAACACAGCCCUUAAAUAUCUAGCAAUCAUGUAUGGUUCCAGCCUUCUGCUCCUAUAGCUUAAUUUGGCCAUUUGCUCAAAUCCCCUGGAGUCAUUUGUUCUGUGGGUACCUUGGGGGGGAACAUAGAAAGUUGGAAGCUGCCUCGUCAGACAGACUGUUGGUCCAUGUAGUUGUGCACCGUCUACACAGACAAGCAGUGGCUCCCUAGGGCUUUGGAGUGGCUCUCUCCUAGUCUCAGCCCUAGCUGGAGAUGCCAGGGACUGGACCCGAUACCUUUUGCAUACAAAGAUGCUUUGCCACUAAGCCGCAGCCUUUCCCUUAGAAAAGACAGACUUUCUUCAAUCUGAACCGUAGAAGAGUUGGAGGGCAGUAGGCAGGUUUUUCACCAGCGCGAUAGAAGGAUGAAAUGGCUGGUCCUGCCCCUCAUCCCCAUUCUAGGAUUAUGUCCAUUUAAACAGAUGGAUUCAUGACCCACAUGUACUAUGCUGCAGUAGGACAAUAUGGUUAUGCCUCUUGAAAGGGGAUAGAGAGAGGUAAGGUAGGGAGAAAGCCAGUCUAGAGAUUAUUAUAAGCUAGUGAUGGGCAGAAGGCUGAUUGGGAUCUACGGCUGUGUUUCUGGGUGAUUUGCAGCAGAUCAGCAAAGAUUCCUGCCUUGUUUAACCAUAUGACCCACCCCGGAUUUUGCAUUCGUCAUCAUGAGGUCAUUCUUCAUGUGUCCUGGAAACACAAGAACAGACCUUUUCAGUGGUGGCUCCCCACUUAUGAAAUGCUCUCCCCAAGGAGGUACGCCUGGUACCACCACAGGCAACUUUUAGGCACCAGGCAAAGACAUUUCUUUUUAGACAAGCCUCUGUUUGAUUUAUUUCUUACAUUUGUAUACCACCUUUAUCUUCAGAGGAGUUCAAGGUGGUACACAAGGUUCUCCUCCUUCCCAUUUCAUCCUUAUAACAACCCUGUGAGGUAGGUUAGGCUGAGACAUGGUGACUGGCCCAAGGUCACCCACUGAGCUUCAUGGCUGAGCGGGGAUUCAAACCCUGCUCUCUAGUUCAACACACUAACCAUUACAACACACUGGAUCUCAGUUUCAGAUACUCUGAGCCUAUUUUAGGAGAUGGGAUAUGUUAGACUGCCCUUUUAAGCACAUCAAUAUUUUCAGCUUUUGUUUUGGCUUUAUAUUGACUUUAAUUUUUGCAUUAAAAUUUUUGCAUUAAAAGUCAUUCUGAGCUUAAAUUUCAUUUUCAAAAAGUGAUAAGUCCUGAUACCAUAGCUAAUAAUAAAAAAAGAACAAGGACAACAACUUUCCCUCCACCUAACUAGGCUGCUGAAAGCUUGCAGGUAAAGGAGAGCUGGAAAGGUUUUUAUGAGAAAGGACUUUGAGCUCAGUUCCAGAACAGAAAACAAAUUUCUGGGUUGAAAUACACUCAGAUGUAUCCUCUCCCUCAAUUCUGUGUUCACCCCUCAUUUGACCCCAGCUAGUAGACCUCUGAGUUCUGGCAGGGGAAAGGGAGGGAGGGUGGAGAACACAAACUAGAUAUUGCAAGCUUGAAGUCUACCAGCACCUGCUGUAAACUACAGUAACAGGGACCAAAGUCUAAUUGCAUUUAUGGAUCAGUGAAGUCAAAGAGACAGGAUUCUGCCAGGAUCAGCAGAAGCGGACAUUUCUGCGAUUUGAAAAGCUUCAGUACAAAAUGGAGGGAGGUGGGAGGUGGCAGGGAAGCCUGUAGAAGGCAGGCUCUCGAAAUAGCAGCCAGAGGAAUGGUGAAAGGUUCAACUGAAUGGGUACAAAACCGUGAUGAACUUUAUCACCAAAUUCAGACCAUAACACAUAACAAAGUCGUUCAAAAAUGCAUCUCGCUGAGACACUGCAUUAUGCCUCCUGGGCUGCAUUCACACAGCAGUUUCUUCGCAUUAUAUUUGAGCUUGCAGAAACGAUUCCAGAAAACUAAUGGAAUAUAGGUAGUAGGUGCUUUUUUUUCUGGGGGGAAGCAGGGGUACAUAUACCUGGAAUAUCACAGGAGUAAAGUGACACAAUUUGGGGGCAGUUUUCCAGAAUAUGGCCCUUUCCUUUUUUUUUUUUUUUACGGGUGGAGGCAGGAUCAUGGGGAACAGAAGCAUGUGCGGAAAGUGUGGGGGAGUAGUGACAUCGUCCCAUGAUGCUCAUUCUUGUGUCACACCAUACAGACUGAUGUGAAUGAAAUUUAGCACAAAAGCACUAGCAUUAUAACCAGGAAAAUUAAUGCCUUUCAGAAGGCACCCUAUGGGUUUCACUUACUGUAUAUACUUGAAUAUAAGCCAACCUGAAUAUAAGCUGAGGCACCUAAUUUAACCACAAAAAACUGGGAAAGCUUAUUGACUCGAGGAUAAGCCUAGGGUGGGAAAUGCCGACAGCGGCAAAGGCAGAGGAGGCAGGAGCACCCCCUCCCCAAACCCCACACUUUAACAUUUGAUUAGGUCCACACUUUAACAUUUGAUUAGGGACCCAGGUGGCGCUGUGGUUAAACCACUGAGCCUAGGGCUUGCUGAUCAGAAGGUCGGCGGUUCGAAUCCCUGUGAUGGGGUGAGCUCCCGUUGCUUGGUCCCAGCUCCUGCCAACCUAGCAGUUCGAAAGCACGUCAAAAUGCAAGUAGAUAAAUAGGAACCGCUACAGCGGGAAGGUAAACGGCGUUUCCAUGUGCUGCUCUGGUUUGCCAGAAGCGGCUUUGUCAUGCUGGCCACAUGACCUGGAAGCUAUACGCUGGCUCCCUCGGUGACGCUCCCCCCACCCUAGGGGGGAAUGAGUUUCUUUUGCUGCAAGGCGAGUUUUGCCAGUCCGUUACUGUACUUUGUGUUCUUUCUUUCCCUUCUCCCUGUCACUUUUCUUUGUAACAUUCACGUGGAACAUAAAUGUCCGACGUUGCUGCUGCUGCUGGGUUUGUGGGGGCAAAUAUCUCCUAAAACAUCCUGGGUCCCAGGUUCUAUUUAUAAUUUCUGAAAUUAUUAAAUGUGUGGUUUAAUCAAUGGAUUUAGAAUUGCCUAAAAAAAUAAGUCAAGACAGCUUCCUCAAGAGAUUGGCUGAGAAAGACGCCACUGAAGAACAAAAAACAGGUGAUGGCAAAGUCAUUACCCUGAGAAAAGGUGAGACAUUUGGUCCCAGCCAAGAAGCGGGGUGGGGUGUUAGUUAGCAAAAGACAAUAACAGAGAUGGGAGGGGGAGAUUGAUGUCACCACAGGGGAAAAUGUCAUUUUUGCACACAACUUGGGUUACAUUUUUUUAGCAAAGGUUUUUGGGAAGGAUGGAGCCAGGUGCAAAGUGGGCGGACGAAUGGACAGGCUCUGUGGAGGAGACACAGAAAUGGUGUUCGGGCUGCCUAUGAAUCCAAUGCUAUGCCAUCGUGGGGAGCAAGUCCCUCUUAAGAUGUGCAGGCCAUGUUGGCAGUUCUGGGUUUUGAGGUGGGUCGAUUUUGCAACUAAUGAACAAACCCACUCCUCUGUUUUGCUGUACAGUAACCAGUCAUUUAAUAGCAGAUCAGAUGGUCCACUGCUUUUAUCCAAGCCAGCAGUGAUUUGUGCUUCCUAGAUUUCCAUGUACCUAUUUUCACCAUGUUUUUGAAAUGCCCACGCUGUGUUAAGUGGGAAGUUCAAGUUGUGUUUGCACAGUCUUUGUAUCAAUCCACAACAUGUUCUGAUGGAGUCUGAAGCCUGCAGGCAUUGGAGGCCUCUUCAGCAACAGCUCUCUGCCAAGCCCUUUUUAAAAAGCAACAAUUAGCACUCUAUUUCUUGUUAGGCACCUGCUGAAUAAAGCAUCACUUGCAUGCCAGCAGUUUUCCUUUCCAUGGAAAGGAAAGAGGGCACUUGAUGGUUCUUACCAACACAACAGUCCCCCAAGAGGAAGCUUAGCUAGUCACAGGCACCAGUCAUGCCCAGGUGCAAAACACUCAACCUACAUCUCUGGGUUUUUGCAAGAAUUAAAAGAGAGAGAGAAAAACCAAACUUGGCAUCAAUGCAGCACACUAGCUUACUCAGAUGUAUGCAAAUCACAAUGAUUAUGAAGAGUUAUGCUUCUAGCAGUGCAUAAAUGCAUCACAGGCAGAGAUUUCUGGACUCCCCUUCUAGGAAAUUUCACUAAGAGUUCAUCUUUUCUAUUAGCUAGCCAUGUAUGUUCUCACAAAAUUCAGCUGACGGUAGCAAAUUUUAUCUACUUCCUUUCGAUAGUAUUAAAAUGGUCCUUACUUCAGUUUCCCUGUAUGCAGCCCAUAAGGACUCACUCAAAUGAGGCGAGAGUUUGCUAUUUUACUACAGCUACAAUGGGAUAUAGAUUUUUGUUAAGGGGAAUGAGGGUGCCCUGGUCAUGUACAUAGUUGUCAACUCCCGGAUUGAAAAAUAAGGGAUCAGCAGCGGCGCGGCACCGGAAGUUGCUUCUAUGCAUGUCCAGACAUAUGCAGAAGGAGCCUCCCUGGCCAGUAGGAGCUGCUAUCUAAAUCCAGGGGAUUUAUGGGAUUUUUUUCAAUUCGGGAUAACAGCGGGAAACGGGUUUAAAUAUGGGGGCUUCCCGCGAAAAACGGGAGACUUGACAGCUUUGGUCAUGUAUUGGUGUCAGGGUGCAGAGUCAUUUUCCUUCCAGUUGCUGAUUAAACCUGAUUUUUCCUGCCGGUGUCCCUAUUGUUCUUGCGACCGGCAGAGGUGGUGGCAUAGGAGCAGGCAUAGGAGCCGCAGUUCGGAGAGGCGCUCCUUUCUCGCCGCUCGGCCACCGCCCACCUCACUCGAUUAUAAGCAGAGGGGGGGCUUUUUCAGCACAAUAAAUGUGCUGAAAAAGUCUACUUAUACUCGAGUUGUAAGAUUUGGCGGCCAAGAUGUCAACGCAAUGGCUGCUGCUGUCCUUUGAAGUGUCAGCAAAAAUAAAAACGGAAGAAAAAGAAGAAGUUGUGACUCCACCACUGCUAAGUAUCACACACACACACACACACACACACAGUGAAAUAAUUUUAUCAUCCCCCUGGAAAAUUUUUUUUGGUGAAACGGUCCCCUCAGUUUAUGCUCACAAAGAGGGUGGAGGAUUUUAAGAGGCUACUUGGACAGUCGUAGUUUGGAUUGCUUGUGACUAACAGGGAAACAAAAACCCUCUCUACUUUCCCCCCUAAACAGGACUUGAGUCAUAAGGGAAAUAAUUUCUUCAUUAAUGAGUAAGAAGGGCAAAGGGGGGUAUGUUCAGAGUUGUUCUCCUCAAAUGAUAGUCAAUAAAUCAUUUCCUAGCUGAAAACACUCCCCCCCCCAAAAAAAAAACUUGGGAAAGGGAAGGGAGAUGCUGUAAAAUCAUUAACUUUUACUCCUGA